CUCUUGAUGGAGAUGUCGUACAAUUUGGAAGCACAUUCUCGACCACAUUGUCUUGCGACUAAUUUAAAGGACAGUUUUGUUGUCGACUGAGAGAGAGGCAGACAGUAGAAGGUGUAGAUUGCUAUCGCGGUGGUGAUAAGUUGUUUCUCUGUGUACUGGUAUUACAUGGGGACAAGAGGAGUUUAAAUGCUAGCGCUAUAUGAUACAAUUUACAUUCAGGCCAAGCAUUUAAACUGAGAUGAUCUUCUUUUGAUUUUUAUUUUCUACAGUUGACUUUUCUUGUAUUGCUUCUUUAUUCUGUAUUUAUAUGUACACUGAUUAAUUACUAGUGGAGGAAUUAUAUAUUGUGUUGACUCCUAAGAGCAGUGGAUUAGCACCUUUGGGGAUUUAGCAGUGACUUUCUAAUGCUGUGCUGGAUUUAUAUGUUCAAGGAGAUUCUGUUUAGAAAAGGAAACUUUAUCAGAUAGGAGAUGGCACCACUUACCCAUUGUGUGGCGCUGAUUCUGUGCGUGGUGGUUGGCAGACUUCACUCACUAAGUACAGGUUGUACAGGGAAUGGUAGAAUUAUCACAGAGAAUCAAGUGUCUGUCUGUAAAGGUUCUUGGAGUGGCCAUAUUAGAAACGCCACCAGUCUGUGCGCCCCAGGGUGGGGAGUAUGCUCACACAAAGAACAGCAUUUACUGAGGAGGAUCCAAUGGAAGCAGGCCACGGCUAUUCCUGGCUGUUACGCCAUUAAUGCAGCUCACGACGGAGGUCGCUGUCGAGAGUGCGGAGAUACCAUGGAUCAAGAUGAUUUGGGGGGGAUUGGUCAGCAUUGUCCACACCAGAACUUUGGUCAGACAUCUUGUAUCCAGGGAGGUCGUAUUGACGCCAGCUGUUGUGUUGACGCUCACUUCCACACGGCAUGUCACCAAACAAAUGACAUAACAGGAGUCGUCUGCUGUAAGGUUAAAGGUCAGAAGCCUCAGAUUCAGGCACGACCCCAGGAGAAGUUGCUGGUCAAAGAGGGGAAGAUAUUUCUGCUGAGUUGUCAAGCCUCUGGAUCACCUCAUCCCAGAAUUCAUUGGUACAAAGAUGGACGACAGAUUUCAGAUGGGGGGAGGAGCAGAGUCUCUGUAUUGUCUUCAGGUGACUUGCUCUUUACAUUGGCCAAGAGAUCUGACACAGGACUGUACAGUUGUGAAGUCGUCAAUGAACAUGGAAUGGACAUCGCCAGUACCAAAGUCAUCAUAGAGGGUAAGGAAGAUCCCGAUCAGUCAGGGUGUAGGCGUGGAUCUUCAGAUGGGAUAGCCCUACACAGAGAUGUACACGCCUGUAAAGGGAGGUGGGAGGGGCAUGUCAGGAAGGGGCGGAGCCUGUGUCACAGAGGAUGGAGGGUCUGCAGUCCCAAAGAUCGGGUCACACUACACCAUCUCUCAUGGCUGGACGUCUAUGAUCUGAAAGGUUGCUAUGCUUACAAUGCUGCAAACUCCAGGGGCAAAUGUCAAAGAUGCAUGAAUGGCAGGAUGGCAGGGGUAGGCCAAUACUGUGGAAGGAUGAGGUUCUCUAAGUCCUCAUGUUUGGCCCAGGGUAUGAUUGAUGUUUUUAAACCCAAAGACAAGGUUGAUAGUUGCUCCUACAAAGAGGGCGUCACAACAGGAGUUCUGUGCUGUAGAAAAAAGAAACAACAAUCUGUUGUACAUCACAAACCAGCCCUAUGCACAGCUAAAUGUGAGAAUGGCGGAGUCUGUAUCAAACCCAAUGUCUGUCAGUGUAAACCUGGAUAUAAAGGAGCCACUUGUCACAUAGCGAUAUGUGAAGGAGGGUGUGGCUCAUUUGCAACGUGCAUCAAACCUGGAAAAUGCAAGUGUAAAGAAGGUUAUGUUGGUAAAAAUUGCCGGAAGAAAGCAAAGCAUGAAUGUCUCCGAUUCUGUAUGAAGAGCUGUCCGUCUGGGAAAUGUAGCUGUCCUAAAUAUGGAAGAUCCUGUACAAAAGUUUUAUGGAUGCACAGAAAUCGAACAAAUUCAUGAAAGACUGUAAUAGAAGAGAGUGAAAAAAAUCAACCAUUCCAGCAAUAACUGGGUGGUUCCGCUAUAUAAGGUAACAUUCCACGGGCGCCAGUAACAGCUUGGGGUAUCCACUUAUGCUGCCAGUACCCACAAUAUUACAAGACAAUUUAUCAUGUGAUAUAGUAUUAUCCUAAAGAAUGAAAAGUUACACUGCAUUGGCCUAUAUGACUGUCUCUACAUAUAUAUUGACUAUUUGUAAAUGUAUUGAAUAAAUAUAAACUGCACUUAUGAUUAUACAUGUACAUGUAUGUAUAAUAGAAAAUUCAUAAACUUUAAUUUAUUAGCAAGGCAUUGAUUAAUUAAUUUGUAAAAAAUUAUCAUUACAUUUCAUUUUUCAUGCAUAAAACAGAUCUAGGAAGUAUCUUUAAAAUCUGGUAAAAAUUUUCUUGAAAAGUUCUGGUAUAAAAUUCAACACUUAUCAUCUGAUUAGCAGUAUUAGUAGUUAAAGAUUUCAAGCUAAAGUUUGAGGCUUUCAAUUUACUCUAGUCUUUUUUUUUCAGAUUUAUGUAGUUUUUGAAUCUUUUUAUAUUGUUUAUGCAUAGGAAUUCAAAAUUGACUGGUACAAUUCUCUGUCAUCCUUGGACUUUCAGUAAGGCGUGGCAUUUUCUAUUGUCUCUCAAAUGGCAAAUAGAUUCUCAUUGAUUAAGAAAUCAAUAACAACAGUGAGACGACUUAAGCCCUACGAAAAGCUUAAUUUCAUUGGAUCAUUGCUACUCUUGUUGACAUUUGCCCACAUUUCUAUCCCAUGUAUAUUUCAACAGUGAAUGAAAGGCUGUGUAAAUCUCAGACGCUAAUUAUGUAAAAUCGAGAAUACCACCCCUUACUGGAAUCCAAGGUAAACAGAGAAUUGUACUAAUUAAGCACUAUUAAAAAAUUCACAGCGAAAAAUUCAAUCACAUCACUUAGAUGUUGCUAUAAUAAGAAGAUAAAUGUGCUCUCUGUUUAUAAGAGCUAUUUAUCUAUUGUGUGAUUUUGAACGAAAUAUUCAUGUAGUUUACAAUCAUAAUUCGCUUAUACUACCAAUUUUCAUUCACAUUUCAGAGGCAAUAUAACUAUAUCUACCUCAUUUAUGUAUUCCAUUGACCUGUUUUUAUGUAUUUUGAGAUUAUUUUCACGCAAUAUCUGCACAAUGUUUCAUUUCAAUAGGUAAUAUUCAUGAUUAACCAUGCAUUUGUCAAUUUCGUUUGCUAAAUUGAUUUUAGAAAAAAAAGAUUGUAGAAUAAUCAUUAUAAUUUGCAUAAUUUAAGUUCACAACAUUUAAUUAAUAAAGCAUUUAUAAUGUACAGAACUCGGACCUGGCCUUAGUUUUAAUACAUAAGCAUAAUAAAUCAACACUUUGGCCAGUAUUUGGUAGUAUUUUGUAAAUUCUUUUGUCGUGUCACUGUAUUAUUUCAGUGUUUAUGUUUUUGUAUUGUAAACUUGAUGUAUAUCUAUUUAAAGUAAAGUUUUGUUAGGAAUAGUAUCAUGUUACAUUUUUAAAAGCUUAAUUGUAAGUUGGAUUACAUUAAAUAUGUAAUAUUUUGUUGUAAUUUAAAUAUUUAAAAUUAUUAGAAUAUUUGAGACUUUGAAAAAUCAAAUCUGCAUGCACUUUAAAUCAACGUAUGAGGUAAUAAUUCCAUUAUUAAAACCAAAGCAAACAAUUUACUACAGAUCAAAUUGUAUUUUAAUACUUUAAUUUCUGAAAUGAUAUCUUUCAGUAAUUUUACCCAUGAAAAUUAGUUUUUGACUACAUUUAUGUAAGCUAAUAAAAAGAAGUGGUUAAUAAUGCACAAUUUUUAAGAAAAUGAUUUUCAAAAAAAGUAGUUCCAAAUAUUUGUAU